AUGAUAGACUUUAAUGCAUCGCUUGUCAACCACCAUAGUUUCAUCCUGACAGGUAUACCAGGGAUGCCAGGUAAAAAUCCAUGGAUGGCCUUUCCCCUGGGAUUUCUCUACACACUAACUCUCCUGGGAAAUGGAACCAUCCUAGCUGUCAUCAAGGUAGAUCAGAGUCUCCAUGAGCCUAUGUACUACUUCCUUUCCAUCUUGGCUCUAACUGAUGUUAGUCUCUCCAUGUCCACCUUGCCUUCCAUGCUCAGCAUCUUCUGGUUUGAUGCCCCUGAGAUUUCCUUUGAUGCAUGCAUCACACAGAUGUUCUUCAUCCAUGGAUUUGGAGUGAUAGAAUCAGGAGUUUUGGUGUCCAUGGCCUUUGACAGAUUUGUGGCCAUCCGUGACCCAUUACACUAUACUUCCAUUCUCACGCAUGGUAUCAUUGGCAAAAUUGGAAUAGCUGUCCUCACCCGGGCAGUCUGUGUGGUCUUCCCUGUGCCCUUCCUUAUAAAGCGACUACCCUUUUGCAGUUCCAAUGUCUUAUCUCAUUCAUACUGUCUCCACCAAGAUGCAAUGCGGCUAGCCUGUGCCAGCACCCGCAUCAACAGCCUGUAUGGUCUCAUCAUAGUCAUCUUCACAUUGGGGCUGGAUGCUCUCAUCAUCCUCUUAUCCUACAUGCUCAUCCUGAAGACUGUGCUGGGCAUUGCCUCCCGAGCUGAAAGACUCAAAGCCCUCAAUACCUGCCUCUCUCACAUCUGUGCUGUGCUCCUCUUCUAUGUUCCCCUCAUUGGCGUCACCAUGAUCCACAGAUUUGGGAAGCAUUUAUCACCAGUAGUGCACAUGCUCAUGGCCAAUAUCUAUCUGUUACUCCCUCCUGUACUAAACCCCAUUGUAUAUAGUGUGAAGACCAAGCAGAUACGAAGGCGAAUCAUCUACAUGUUCCAGAGGAGAAAGAGCAGGGCCUAG